GGGAGAUAUCCACUUAAGGGUUGCAAGUGGGGUAAAUGUUUUGUGGCGCUUACAUUUCGCUCUCGCCUGGGUACAUUGAUACACUCCUGAACUUGCAUCAAUUGCUAUAAUUUUGGCUAUUUUACAUCGACGUUGGGGCAACAUGUCGGUUGCGUCUGCAUCAAUACAGUUUUUUACUCGUUUGUUACGAUAUCGAACGAAAUGUGCCGUUCCGUUUCAUGCAGCAUCUAGGAUUUUAAUAUCACCAUACCUGCCCCAGGUCUUUGGCGGUAAUAAGGUGCUACUGGGCACCUGUGCACAGCCACUCAGGUCAGAGGAGAAGGUGACUGUCUAUUUCAUCAACCGCGAUGGGCGGAAGAUCACCACUUCGAGUGCCAAGGGCGACAGUCUUCUAGACCUGGUGGUCGAACAAAACCUAGAUAUUGAAGGUUUUGGUGCGUGUGAAGGGACCCUGGCCUGUUCCACCUGUCAUGUGAUCCUGGAUCAGAAGGUGUACAACCAGCUGGGGCCCAUCACUGAUGAGGAGAAUGACAUGCUGGACCUGGCCUUUGGCCUCACUGAUACGUCUCGUCUGGGUUGUCAGGUCUGCCUAUCCAGAGAUCUGGAGGGCAUAACGGUCCGUGUGCCAGACCGGGUGAACGACAUGCGGCGGUCUGAUGAUGCUGGACCUACACUGUAAAGCAUCUUGUUGUUUUUACAGUAUUAUACAAAACUAACAUUAAAGUACUAUAUUUAAUGAUUAAUUGCCCUAAAUCGAAAUGCAAUCUGGGUGAUUUUAGGUGUAACUGAUUAAUUGAUACUAUACAAUUCCUAAGAAACUUGGUUUAACAGUACAUUCCUGUUAAGUGCUAUAUUUCCAAUGGUUCUGUAAUUCCACCCCACAGAAUAGUGUACCCUUCCCUGUAGUGGGUUCAUGGUAUUGUUGUUUUCGUUAACAUAUUAUGAGGUGGGCCUUGUAAGAGGCUGCAUUUGUUCCACCGGUUAGUGAGAGUGAGGUACCAAUUUAACUGAUAGUGGUAGCAGUGCCUCAACAAUUGAAUGUGCAUACAGUAGGGGACAGAUUGGAGUGGCAGCAAGUCUUAAAACUUUAAUGGUUUAGUAUUUGCCAUGUUCUUUGGUCUGUUUUGCCCUGCAUUCACUGCCAGUUUAGAAGCCUUUGUUAAGGCCUCUAGAAGUGCAAGUGAUAUACAGUACCAGUCAAAAGUUUGGACACCUACUCAUUCAAGGGUGUUUCUUUAUUUUUACUAUUUUCUACAUUGUAGAAUAAUAAUGAAUACAUAAAACUAUGAAAUAACACAUAUGGAACCAUGUAGUAACCAAAAAAGUGUUAAAUAUAUCAAAAUAUAUUUUAUAUUUGACAUUCUUCAAAGUAGUCACCCUUUUCCUUGAUGACAGCUUUGCACACUCUUUGCACACUCUUGGCAUUCUCAACCAGCUUCAUGAGGUAGUCACUUGGAAUGCAUUUCAAUUAACAGGUGUGCCUUGUUAAAAGUUCAUUUCUUUCCUUCUUAGCAUUUGAGCCAAUCAGUUGUGUUGUCACAAGGUAGGGGUGGGUAUACAGAAUAUUUGGUUUAAAAGAAAUAUCUAUAUAUAUACAGUGCCUUGCGAAAGUAUUCGGCCCCCUUGAACUUUGCGACCUUUUGCCACAUUUCAGGCUUCAAACAUAAAGAUAUAAAACUGUAUUUUUUUGUGAAGAAUCAACAACAAGUGGGACACAAUCAUGAAGUGGAACGACAUUUAUUGGAUAUUUCAAACUUUUUUAACAAAACAAAAACUGAAAAAUUGGGCGUGCAAAAUUAUUAUUGUUCAAGGGGGCCGAAAUACUUUCGCAAGGCACUGUAUAUAUAUAUAUAUAUAUACACACACACACACACUAUCAUUCAAAAGUUUGGGGUCACUUAGAAAUGUCCUUGUUUAAAUAUAUAUAUUUGUAAAUGUAUCCAUUAAAAUAGCAUCACAUUGAUCAGAAAUACAGUGUAGACAUUGUUAAUGUUGUAAAUGACUAUUGUAAUUGGAAAUGGCAGAUCUUUUUUUAUGGAAUAUCUACAUAGGCGUACAGAGGUCCAUUAUCAGCAAACAUCACUCCUGUGUUCCGCUAGUAACCUACAGUAAAUAGCUAGUAACCUACAGUAAAUAGCUAGUAACCUACAGUAAAUAGCUAGUAACCUACAGUAAAUAGCUAGUAACCUACAGUAAAUAGCUAGUAACCUACAGUAAAUAGCUAGUAAGCGAAUGUCAAGUUUUGUUUAUAGAUAAAAUAUUUUGUAUUGUUGAAAUGCUGAAAUAAAAUCGUUUUCCUAAUUAUUAAGAUCAAUGCAUCCACUCUGUAUAUUAUUUCUUACCGUCAUUU